UCGCGAUGGUGGCUUGUCAAGAGCGUUGCGAGACUAGGCAUCAGCGGUUUGUGGAGCGUUGAGUUCACGGAUUUCUGGCUCGGCGAUCAGUUUUGCAGUCUUGUCUAUAGUCUGUCGAACUUCUACUUUGUCGGGGACACAUUCUCGUCUGCGUACAACCCUGCGAUUCAAGAAGCUUGGACGACUUGUGGAACGGAAUUAAAUUGGGGCCCUUACUUCGUACUUGCUGCGUUACCAUUCCUGGUGCGCUUCGUGCAGAGUCUCAGACGUUACAGGGAUUCAAAGUUACCUACCCAUCUCAUCAAUGCUGGCAAGUACGGCAUGGGUAUAGUGUACUACCUCUGUUAUUUUCUUUGGAGACGCGACGAAACUGACGGUGGUACUUCUUUCAUUCUCUGGUGCUUGUCGGCAGUUCUCUACGCAAUAUAUGGGUGUGCAUGGGACUUCUUAAUGGACUGGUCCAUCUGCAAACCUAGCGCUAAAUACCCCCUCCUCAGGCGGGAGUUGGUGUACACAUCCCAGAUUCCGGUGUACUAUGUUGCUCUGGUCUCGAACUUUGUCAUACGUUUUCUCUGGGUCUUCUACAUACCCAGUUGGCCACACUUUACUCUCCGGUCGUUCGUAGCUGGCAUACUGGAGAUGUUAAGACGGGUACAGUGGAAUUUCUACCGUCUCGAGAACGAGCAUCUUGGUAAUAUGGAUCAAUACCGAAUUACGCGCGAGGUCCCAUUGCCGUAUUCGUUCGACAAUCCUCAACAUGAAGACGAUGAUGACGAGGAGGAGAGUGCUUAG